AUGGUGCCUUGCCAAGUAUGGCUGAUCGCCCGCUUGGGUCAUCGGCUCGAUGAGCUCGUGCGCUCCGUGAAAGCAGCCUUCGCCCUCGGCGCCGAAUGCCGCGUUCGCGUGCUGCUCCUAACUGCUGAGAGCUACCGAGUUCUAGACCUGCAGUCCGAAGACUUCGAGUUUGCUGCUUCGGAGCUGGAUUGGGUUCGACAGAUACAAGCCGCAACUGGGCGCGAGGUUUCGUCGCUGCAAGAAGCAGUGCACAGCCUGACCUCCGAGCGGGGGUCAUGUCCUGUAGUUCUGUUAGACGAGAACGCCAAGGAAGAUUGGAGCUGGGCGGCACCUGUGGCCAAUCCAAUUGUCUGCCUGGGAGUGCAUGAGGAUUUCGAGGAAGAAACGAUGGCGAUCCGGGUCGCAGCUGCGACACAUGCAGUGCAACUGGGGCCUGUAGCCUUGCAUUCUUCGGCAUGUCUGCACCUUCUAUCUUCUAUUCGUUUGGGAGAUGCUGGUGAUCCUUUGUCACCGGUGCGGCCAAUGGUUGUGCAGAAGGACAGUGCCCCAAGAGCUUUCUCAGCAAGAACUUUCAGGCGAGCUUUGCCGCGCAGGCAGUCAGUUCGUUUCUUUCUACGCCUGGACGAUUCGCCGUUUUCGGAAACGACCAGAACACAGGUACAUCAGGCAAUUGUUGGCGCAUGCCUGGUUUCCAAGAGUGUCUACGAUGACCGCGACACACGCUUGUGCUUAGUUUGGCCAUCGAAGUCGGGUUUGCGGUGUGUGAUGGUGGACAGAAGUCUCAUGGACCUCGCGAAGGGACGCUUGGUUCCAGCUGAGGGUCCAGUGAUUACCGCUCUGAAGCUGAAAGUGGAAACCGACGAGAAGUCCGUGGGUGAGUGUUUACAUGAUCUGCAAGCUGAAACUCAGCGCUUGUCCCUGGGCCGACCUGCCGUUGUGCGAGUAUCUGUGGGCGAGCCAAACAGCUGGCCAAAAUGGCAAGUCCAAGCCAGCUGGCCAAGUGAUCCAAUGAUAAUGAUGUUUCUCCAUUGGCAAGGCGAUCUACCGGUUCCAGAAACCGCAUCCGUUCAUGUGCCUGCUGGAGCCCCUGCCAAAGCGAUCAUCACGCUGCAGCACUGGCACAACCUAGGAGUCCUGCCAGCAACAUUGACGCCACGGCCGCGGAUGGAGGGCGAGAAAGGAGACACGGAAGUGCUAAAAAUCAUCGAGGAAUGCGAGGAGCUGCGGCCAGAACAUGGCAUGGAUGUGUGCCUGGACACGACGAUUCCUUUUCGCGGCAGAGUGGCUGGCCGGGUCCGCAUGGGCCACGUCCUGUUUGCUGACUGUGGAGUUAAGGUCAUGUGUAAGGAACAGCGGCUUGGUGCCUCCUUCCACGUGGUCGUGGGAGAGCUUCGCGUGGGGGAUACUCUGCACUGCAGAGGCUAUCCAGGAUACGAGUACAAGGGUGAUCCUGCGAUUUUCGCAACAGAGAUUCUCGCGAUUGAGCCGGCGUGCACGGAAGGUCUCAAACCGUCGGACUCCGUCCUGUUCCGCGAUGAAUCAAUUCUCGUUGUGGAAAAGCCUGCUGGAAAGCUUGCCUGGGAAGACAACAGACACCGCCACGAACGUGGAACUGCCUUGAGAGUUGAAGCAGAACAUCUGCUUUGUGCUCCGGAAGCUGAAGUCAGCGGUCCAGCCGUGUACACGAUGACUCGGCAAGAGUCACCGUCCCAUUGCCUUUUGGAGUACUUCAUUCUGGUGGCUGGGAGACCUGCGGGAGUGUCCUCGUGCCGGGCUGCAUUACGACCAGCACGUGGAAAGCCAAAACAAGAUGCUGAAACGCAGCUGGAGACUUUGUGGGAAGGUGAAGACUGCUCCCUGCUUCGAGCUUCCGUUCGAGGACCCGAAACGAAGUCGCAAGUUUGCAGGCACUUGCAUCUUCUGGGCUUCCCGGUCUGGGGUGACCGCCGUUUCGGGAACCAGCGAGCAAAUCUGCGCUCACGUGCCGUUUUCGGCCUGGCAAGGCCAUGGUGUCACUUGGGCCGCUUGGAGCUUUUCGGAAGCUGGGGCGGCCUCCGACUCGAAAACGCGCCACCACCGGAUCUUCUAAGAGUGCUGCGGGCAGUUGGUGGUGACUGGCAGUUCCCGUCGAAGGUGCAGAGACUCCCUCCAGCGAUGGACCUCUCUCGCUUUGCCAAGAUCUUCGUUGUCGCGUCCGGAGAUGGAAGCUGUCGUGCAGUGGAGGUCCUGCAAGCUGCUGUUGAAGCUUUGAAAGCAGUCUUACAGAUGGCGCAGGAUGCGCAGUCUCCGCAGAUCUGGUUCGUGAUGGCAGGAACCCAGGCUUCACAAGCUGAGGACUUGGCCAAGCGGGGUGUGCCCUUCCACGCAGGUUUGUGGGGACUUGCUCGCUGUGCCAGGCGCGAGCGAGUCAUGGUCGGCUGCAUCGAUGUCGAUUCCACUUGCCCCCGGGCCAUACUCAGCCGACUUCGAGCUGCAAGAAGCCAGCAGGAGGAUGAUGACGACUGCGGGCCUGAGAUGGAGCUCUUGGUGCGAAAGCUGACUCUGGAUGCCGAGGAGGAGUCUGACAGCGAUGAACUGGAUUUGGAGCGCUACGUGGCAAGGCUGGAGCAGACUUCAGCAGAAGCUUGGGGCGUUUGGCCUCCACCUACACUUCCCAGCCCUGGCUGGUUUGUCAUCAGUGGCGGAUGCAGUGGCCUUGGUCUUGUAUCAGCAGCUUGGUUGGCGACACAGGGGGUUACACACUUGGCGCUGCUGUCCCGCACUGGUCAGUGUAAGGAAGACACACAAAGGCAGGCUCUGGAAGAAUUGUGCGAAGCCCCCGAUCUCCGAGUGUGUCUUCGAGCGUGCGACGUUUCUGUCCGGAAGGAGGUGGAUGAGAUGCUGGCUGCUCUGAAAGACUGCGAUGCAGUGUCGGUCAAAGGUGUCUUGCAUGCGGCAGGCUUGCUACAGGACCACGCAAUCGCCCACCUGCAGUCCGAUCACCUCGCCACUGUGAUUUCGCCCAAAAUGGAUGGCGCUAUCAAUCUGCAUGAAUCCUUGUCCUCGGCAGACAUCGAGCACUUUCUCCUCUUUUCGUCAGUUGCUGCGCUGCUGGGCUCACCAGGGCAGGGAAACUAUGCAGCUGCGAAUUCAUUCCUGGAUUCAUUCGCCUUGUUCCGGCAAGCAAGAGGUUUGCCUGCACUCAGUGUGCAGUGGGGUCCAUGGGCAGAUGUGGGUAUGGCUGCUCGAAGCGGAGUGGGAGGACCCGGCUUCUGGGCACCCAAGAUAUCUCCCGACAAUGCCCUGCAGGCACUUUCCGCAGUCAUCGCGGCUGGCAGAGGGCCCGGGGCAUCUGCAGCACUCAGCAUCACUCGCGUUAACUGGUCCGCUCUGCUGAAGCGCAUGUCCUCGGUGCCACCGGCCUGGGCAGAUUGGAAGUCGCACUGGGAGCGUCCAGACACGCGAACGGCAGCUCCAGUUCGGCCGAAGCGGACCGGCACCGAGCCCGCAGGCAGAAGUCUGCAAGGACAGAGGCGGCCCUUAGGGAUGUCGACAGGCGAGGGCAUUCCAUUUGGGCUAGGUCUGUCAUUCGGCAUCACAGGAGCCGCUUUGCGCCUGCCCGAGAGAGCAUCCGGGCCUCCGCAGACGCAAGGACCUAGACGUGAAGAGACGGAUUCGGGCUCCGGCUCGAGUGACUCGGGGUCACCUGAUGGCGUGGGAGGGGGAGCUCUUGGACUUUGA